AUGUCCGGCCGCUACCCAAACCUAGACGCGGCGCCCCAGCCGAGCGCCGGCCCCGGAUCCUACGCGCCGCAGAGUCACCGUGCCCACCAGGGCGGACGCAUCCCGUCCGCGGGCCCCGCCCGCUCCCAGCCGCGCUUCCGUGUGUCUGACAAGUACAAACUUGCGCCGCCCGUCGAGGUGCCGGAGUCGGCGAUGGGCGACAUUCCGCGCGCGCAGCCGUCCUUCGACACCGCGCUGGAGCAGGAGAUGCUCUCGCAGGGGCCGCAGGCGUCGUCGCGGGCGUCCUGCGCGAUCACGCGCGACGCGAUGAAGGCGGCCCUCGCGGCCCACAAGCGCCACGUCGCGGGGUUCACGGCGCUCGGGCUCGCGGAGAGCGCGGUGCGGCUGUCGGUGGUGGUGGCGCCGGUGGGCAGCGGGUCGAGCGGGGGCAGCGCGGGGCGCGUGCUGGACUUCUGCGCGUCGAUGGAGCGCCUGGCGUCGCUCGGGAUCAGCGAGGACGUGGCGGUGGGCGCACUCGCGACGCUGGGGGUGCCCGGGCCGAAGGACGCCGCCUUCCAUGCCGUGGUCGACGCGUGCAUCGCCUCGUCCGCAAGGGACCGGUGA